UACAAACAAGCCGCUAGAGAGAGAGAGAGAGAGAGAUAGCGAGAAAGAGAGAGACUCGAAUGAAGAUGAAAACCCGCUGUUUAUUAUUAUUAAAAUAGCGCAUAAUUCACCUCUUUAUUCGGACUGUCAGUGUUCAACUGCGCAUGAUUUGGUUUAAACGAGUUAUUCACUUUGUCAGAUCGCUAAUCCCAGAAUAGGAGACGCACAGCAUGACCGACAGUAUCAUGAGCAAAGCUGCCACGAUGGAGAUUCCCAUCAACAGCAACGGGGACAGCAGGACGCUGGGCGAGGACGACGGCCUCGAGCAGGCUCCAAAGAAACACUGGGGCCUGAACGAGACGGUAGGGCGUCAACCAGGCCAAAGGGAUCUGCAGCAGGUGAUGGUAUCUGGACCCGACCUGAACGAGACCAGCAUCGUGUCGGGCGGCUACGGUGGCACAGCAGAGGGCAUCAUUCCCACCAGCUCUAUUAAAGGCCCGGGCGUUCGCCUCAACACUGAUUUUGUGGGCAGGCGCAUCCCAGUCGAUGGACAAGGAUCCAGCAUGCACCACAGCAACAGUUCAUCCAUGAUGGCAGACGAGGCGGCGAGAGGCGUCGCCGUGGAGAAGUUCGACAUGAUGAAGAAAUGGAGCCUGAACACCUACAAGUGCACUAAGCAGCUGAUCUCGGAGCGGUUCGGUCGCGGCUCUCGCACCGUGGACCUGGAGCUGGAGGCUCAGAUCGAAAUGCUGCGCGACACCAAGCGCAAGUACGAGAGCGUGCUGCGCCUGUCCCGAGCCCUGACCAACCACUUCUACAGCAUGGUGCAGACACAGCACUCGCUGGGAGACAUGUUCGCAGACCUCAGCCAGAAAUCCCCCGAAUUACGGGAUGAAUUCGGCUACAACGCAGAAACCCAGAAACUCCUGUGUAGAAACGGCGAGACCCUGCUGGGGGCCAUCAACUUUUUCGUCUCCAGCAUCAACACGCUCGUCAACAAGACCAUGGAAGACACGCUCAUGACCAUCAAGAUGUACGAGAACGCAAGAUUAGAGUUCGACGCCUACAGAGCGGAUCUGGAGGAGCUCAGCCUGGCGCCGCGAGAUGCUGCCACCAUGGCGCGUAUCGAGGCAGCGCAGGAGCAGUACCAGCUCCACAAGGACAAAUACGAGAGGCUGCGCAACGACGUCUCCGUCAAGCUCAAGUUCCUGGAGGAAAACAAGGUAAAAGUGAUGCACAAGCAGCUUCUCCUCUUCCACAAUGCCAUCUCUGCCUACUUCGCCGGCAACCAGCAGCAGUUGGAGGAGACCCUCAAGCAGUUCAACAUAAAGCUCAAACCGCCCGGAGCCGACCAGCCGUCCUGGUUAGAGGAGCAGUAACAACGUUCCGGCGACACCUUCGGUCCUCUCCCUUCCUUCUGCAGGUCAUAGCAACACAGCGGGCACCACAGCGCGACGAGACACGGCCGAGCCAGGACGGCCGCCGGGUUAGAACGGGGUCGGACAUCCUGUAGCUGCAGCUGCUGUUGAAGAACGGGGCCCGAACUGCCUUUCCCACCUCAUACCGUCUCUACUUUACGACUCUUUUCAUCCUCUGAAAUGGUGUUCGACCACGAUAGUCCACACUACCCUUAUCUAGAUCACUAUACAGGCUGUCAGCUUUCUGUUUAAAUGCUACUCAACACAACGGUUACUGAGAACUCUCCAGAAAUCUGUCACUCGAAGCUCUAAGUGACCUCUAAUGAACUCUUUUUCCACUUUUGUCCACAUGAAACAUUAAAUCGGGGACCUCGACUGAAAGAGUGAGCACUCUAGUUCCUACUUUUUUGGAAGAAUCAAUAUAAUGUAAUUUAUUUUACUAACACGUGUUGUGUUCCAUGUUCCAAAAAGGUAAAAUCUUAACCUUAGCCAUUAUACUGUAUUUAAUCAAGUCGGUUGAGAACGUUGUGCAACCAAGUGCUUUUAUAGCAGCCGCUCCUCACUGAAAAACAAGACACUUGUUAAAAAUGUCUAAUUCAGUUUUAUUAUAAUAUUUUGUAGGUCUAAUAUUUCAUGAAAUGUGCAUCCGCUCCCUCAAAGCUCUGAAAUUCAGUCAGAAUGAAGACGGGCAGCAGAAGUGUUGUAUACAGUACAGUAGGGAUAAUAAAAUUCAUUCUUUAUUUAUGUUUAUUUACUUAUCAGCUAGAGCCGCUUCUUCCUAAAUAGGGUCGCAAUGCAUCAGGAGCCCGUAGGUUCCCAUAAAGGUCAAUGACUGACUGCUGAAUCUUCCUAAUAUAACACGUUCCCUGUAAACCUCUGUAUCAUUCGUCUUCCGAGGGUGGCAAACGUUCCAUUAACACUAAACAAAUGUUCAGGUAACAAAAGCAAAUCGUUCUUAUUUACAUUUUAAGAGAUAUUUAACCUGAAAACAACAGUUUUUAUGUCGUCGUGGUGGGAACUCCUACACACAAGCUCUAAAUUUCAUAAUAUUAAUGUGUAUAUUAAGCACAUUGUCUAAUAUAAGUCUAUACAUUCUAGUAUUGGGACUAAACGAUCAAUUCAGAGCAAAGCAGUAAACAGCUUUUAAAUGUUUCUGCUGGUGUUUCAAGGUUUGUUAUAGAGGUUUGCAUCCUCUAUAAACAUUUUUAAAUUUGUAGUACACAUGCUCAGGUGGCGCAGCGGUAAAACACGCUAGCACACCAGAGCUGGGAUUUCAAAUUCAUCGUAUCGAAUCUCAGCUCUGCCAUCUGGCUGUGUGGCUAUAUGAACAACGUUUGGCUGUUGUUCAUCCAGAGUAGGGAGCCGGACCAGGGUUCCUCAUAACUGAUGCAAUUACGACCUCUGCUGGCUGAUUGAUGGUGUCUGCACAGAGUAGAGGAAUAAUGCUAAUCAGGGUGUGGCUCUCCGUGCAGGUGAAAAGAUGUGUCACGUGUCAAAGGGGACGUGUGUCAGUUCGCUCUCCUUAAUCAGGGGCGGGGGUCAGCACCAGUAGAGAGGAAGCAUAACGCAAUUGGGUAAAAAUUGGACGAGCUAAAAAUCGGGAGAAAAUGCAUUAAAAAAGUUUUUUAUUAAAGAAAUAUAAGGUUUGUGUUUCCUUAAAUAAAAAUAUUCCGUCAGGUUUCCUUUUUAUAUAAUUGAACCCUGCACUGCCGAUGCUGCGUCGCCCUCGUGCUGUAAUAAACCCGUAAUAUCACAUAAUACAGUUUGUAUACUGUUCCAGGCCCUGCUGUACUGUAUACGCAGACGUUACACCAGAGAGAAAAAGCUUUGGGGUUCAGACUGUUUGUGGUCGGACGUUCGCAGAUCAUCAGUGGAUAUUACACACUAAACUUGAGGGCACGUGCCAGUCUAAGAGUGUUGUGUGUGUUAUAUGUCCGGCGGCUGUUUGUAUAUCUCAAAAAAUCUACAGUUCACAGUUUCCUAUGUGAAUUAUGUUAUUUUUAUUGUUCAGUUGUCCUAGCUAGUGAUUUAGCUGUGUUGUUGUUUAUUUUUUUUUAGUUUCUACACAGAUCUGUACACUACAGUGUGUGUUAUGUUGAUUUUCCUUUUUUAAAUUAAUUUGUGAUCUUGUUUAAUAUGAUGGAAACUUUUCUUUCUUUUUAUGCUUCUUACUAUGAAGAGUCCAUUAAUUACACUAGCCACCCUACUGAUUUUAUUUAUACGUUCCAAAAUUUAUAUAUAUAUAUUUCUCAGUUACAAGUAAAAUAUUCUGGAUUUAUCUGAGAAAUUAACACUGUCUGGGCCAGUAAUGUUAAAAUCAUGUAAUAGUUUGAAUAUUUAGUCUAAUUAGAAAUGAAUUCGGCACCCUCGGUCUGAAACUCAUCUAGCGGGCAUAACUGGCAGUGCCUGCAGCAGACACAGUUCUGCUAGAGGGCGGGAUGACCGGACUUUGUGGGUGGGGUCUUCAAAUGCAAAUGUGUAAGUACCCUGACUGGCAGAUAGAGGCGCCUGUGCAGAAUGCAUGGGUAGAAAGGGUUCCGCUAAGGGCUGCGCAUGGGUCGGAGGAGGCGUGAGCAGCAAUAUACCCACCACGACUGUGAUCAGGGAUCCACCAGCAGCAGAAGACAAAUUGACUAUGAUAAAUUGGGAGAAAAUGCAUCAAUAAAAUAGACAAAAAAUAAAUAAAUAAAUUCUAUACAAUCUGUUUAGAGCAGAGCUGAUAUCAUGGCUGAUCGAGGUUUUUAUUCUCAUUUGCUGGAAUGAGCCUUUAAAUAAGCAAUACUAAAGAUAUUUCUGAUCAUGUUAUAUUUUAAUAUUGGCGAUUCCAUAUUGUGUGUUUUAUAUGGAUUCUGUAAUCGUUGUACAUUGUUGAACAUGUUCAUGAGGCAAUCUGUCCGAACUGAUGAUGCAUUCGAGUGAUAAUCCAGCGUAGGAGAAACUAUUUGAAUGUCAGCUAGUUUGAGAAUUAGUUGUAUUUUUUUCUCUUUUAUGCGUACUUAUUAUUAUUAUUAUUAUUUUUAUAUAAUAGUGAGUUGUGUGUUUGACUGUAUGUGACUUUGUUAAACUGUCCUGGUCAGUUAUGAGGGUAUCAGUGGGUCGAGUGUGAGAAAUAUGAAGGACUGUUCGAUGCUGAACUGUAGUACUACCGAACCAAAUUCACAUCUACAUUUCCCCGGACUUCUAAACUUGAACAUUUUUGCAAACUGUCUUUUAUUUUUGCUAAUUUGUACUAACAGAGUGGAUUAAUGUUAAUGUAUGACAACGCCCAAAGUCUUUGUAUACAAUCAGUAUGUAGGCAGCUGCUCUGUGAUGGCGUGUGGACGACUGUAUGUAUGUAACCGGCUUUCCACAAUGUUUGCCUUGAUUCCUAACGCUGACCAAACCCUCUGGAAUAUGGAAGUAAUCUAGUAGAUCCCACAAGAUAAAAUAUGACAUGUUUGCAAAAAAAGUUGUCUAUUCUUUUUUUUUUUAGUUUAAGUUUAAUUUGUCAAAGUCAAAGUCAAAGUUGCUUUAUUGUCAAAACUGCAAUAUGUACAGGACAUACAGAGGAUUGAAAUUGCGUUACUCUCUGACCCAUGGUGCAACAUAAAACAUUAAUUAACAAUAACCUAGAAUAAAAGAAUAUAAAAUAGA